AUGGCCCUGUUCAUGGAUCCAGACUUCUCUUUACUCAAGCAGAACCAGCAGAAAGACAUGAUGGAUUUUAAAGCGUUAUUUGGAGAACAGGAUCAGUGUAAAGAGCCGCAGCGCGCCGCAGGCUGCCUGGAGGCACAGAGGAAGAGGAAGAGGACCAUCUUCAGCCGAGCGCAGCUGUCGGAGCUGGAGCAGGCCUUCAAUGUCACCCCGUACCCCGACAUCACCCUGAGGGAGAGGCUGGCUGCACACACACACCUGCCCGAGAGCAAGAUACAGGUGUGGUUCCAAAACAGGAGAGCCAGAAGCAUCAAGACUGGCAGACUCCCGAAGUCUGUCACCAAGCCUGUCCAGGGAGGGAGAGGUGCCGUGGAGUCCUCCCCUGCACCCAUGACCACCACCUUCUCCACCCCAGCCACUCUGCAAGACAUAUUUCGGCAAGAGCAGAGCCACCACUCUGAGGAUGUUCCGCACAUGUACUCUGACUGGUUCCAAAUCUACAGCAACCCUGUUUCGUCACCACUGUCAUCCUCAACCAUCCAACAGCAGCCCACUCCGGCCUCCACCAAGGCUUCAGAGCCUCGUCCCUGGGAAGAGGAGCACCACCGACAGCAGCAGUUGGGACCAGCGCUCCCUGGAUUUAUUCCUAGUUCAUUUCCCCAGCCCAUCAGCAGACAGCCUCACCACUGCUCCUCGUCCCGCUCGUAUCAGGCUUUCAGGAGCUUCAAGCCACAGAGCCUGGUUCAAGCUGGGGCUCACCAGGCUAUGUAUGGAGGCAGCACUGGAGGUGGAAGCCAUGCCCCUGUGGACCAGGUAGUCCCCUCUCACCCUCAGCCAGUGUACUGGGAGGUAACUCAGGGCCAAGGACCUCACCACCAUCACCACCACCACCACCACCCACAAAUGGGACCACAGACGUCCAUGGGAUACAUCUCAGACCUGAUCUACAAUGCUGCUAUUGUCACUAACUUUCUUGAAUUCUGA